AUGUCCACCAAAGGGGAUUACGAAGCUCAGUUACGGCACGCCGGACACACCGGUGUGGCGGAUUCACUCCGGGAAACAAAGAGUAACCCAGAGGCAACAGAGGUUCUGGAAGCUCAUGGACUGAGACGAGGACUCAAAUCCCGCCAUGUGCAGUUUAUCGCCAUCGGAGGCUCCAUCGGCACCGGCCUCUUUCUCGGUAUAGGUUCUGCCCUCACCAACGCCGGACCUUUGUCACUCCUCCUGGGUUACAGUAUUACCAGUGUCGCAAUAUACGCCAUGCUUCAGGCUCUCGGCGAAAUGGCGACGUGGCUGCCUUUGCCUGGUGCCAUCCCCCAGUUCUGUGCGCGAUACGUCGACGAUGCGCUCGGGUUUGCCGUCGGAUGGAAUACUUGGUACUCGUCUGCCAUAACUCUCUGCGCUGAGUUGUCUGCAGCGUCCAUCAUUAUUGGCUACUGGGAAGGCGCUGCCGAUAUCAAUGUGGCCGUAUGGAUCAGCAUUCUUCUCGUCCUCGUCAUUGCUCUCAACAUCUUCGUCGUCUCUAUUUAUGGAGAGGCUGAGUUCUGCUUCGCCUCCAUCAAAAUCAUCACUAUCGUUGGACUUUUGAUCAUGGCAUUCAUCAUAGCUGUCGGCGGCAACCCGCAGCGCCAUGCCAUUGGCUUUACGUACUGGAAGAACCCUGGACCGAUGAAGGAAUAUCUGGCUGAAGGAGAUCUCGGCAGAUUCCUAGGAUUUUUCAGCACCCUUGUUAAUGCCGCUUUCUCCUUCGGGGGCGUGGAAAUGGUCGCUGUAGCCGCUGGUGAGGCUGAGAAUCCACGCAGGAACAUCCCCAAGGCCGUACGCCGCGUCUUUUGGCGAAUAGUUCUAUUCUACGUCCUUGGUUCCCUGGCCGUUGGUGUCCUCGUGGCCUCCAAUGACGAACACUUGCUGUCGGCACAGCAGAGCAAUGCGGCUGGCGCAGCUCAGUCGCCCUGGGUCAUUGGUAUCCAAAAUGUCGGCAUCAAAGUCCUUCCAUCCAUCAUCAAUGCCGUCAUCCUUACAUCCGCCUCCUCCGCAGCCAACGCAUUCGUAUACACAGGAUCUCGGUACAUGUAUGCGCUGGCUCAAAAUGGACAGGCUCCUGCCUGUAUGCUAAAAUGCAGCAAGCAUGGUGUUCCAUACAUUGCCGUCCUAACCACUGCCUCCAUGGGCCUUCUUACCUACCUCUUGGUCAAUAAGAAUGGCGGUGCAGCGCAGGCUUUCCAGUGGUUCCAGAACCUGGUCACCAUCUCCUCACUGUUCACUUGGGCAUCGGUGUGCGUGGCGUAUCUGCGCUUUCACGCCGCCCUCAAAGCCAAGGGUAUCGAUCGUGACACUCUUGUUUUGAAGAGUCCUUUUCAGCCGUACAUUACAUGGGUUGCUUUAGUCUUCUUCUGUAUUGUGAUUCUCUUCAACGGGUUUAGAGUGUUCAUCAACGGCCACUGGAACAUAAGCAACUUUUUCGCUGCAUACAUCAACAUACCAAUAUUCCUAGGUCUUUAUAUCGCCUGGAAAGUUGUGAAGAAGUCGAAAUGGAAAACUUCACAGGAGGCUGAUAUUAUGACGGGCAAGGAUGAAAUCGAUGCCCAAGACGAAUUGUGGGAGGAGAGGAAGCCAAGAAAUACACUUGAGAGGGUCUGGUUCUGGAUCGCUUAA